AAGGGGCCAGCAGGGGGAGCCACAAGCAGACAGCUUGCUGACAGAGAAGCUGCAGCCUGUUGAGGGCUUCUGGUGAAUUCUGGGCUAGGAGGCUGAGGGGAGGAUUAUAGGUACCCAGGGUCAGAAUUGGGAGGCCAAAGGACAAAUUGGGGGGCCCAGGACACAAAGGGCUCACUUUUACUGAGGUUCUGACCUCAUUGGAGACUAUGAAUCGCCAAAUGGGCAAGGCCGAGGCCCAGGGUCCUCAUGUGUGACCCAGGGUAGGAUUGUGGUCUUAGAAGCCUUGGCCAACUCCUAACCUCUGCCUCAUGCUGUCAACCCUCCCCUGUACAGCUUUUAUGGGUAGAUUCUUGUGGCCCCAGAGUGUGGGUUUGCCUGGGCCCAGGUGUGGGCUAAGGUAGAAGUUUGGGCUCUCCUGCAUUCCGUAGCCAGGCACUGGAGAAGCCGCCUGGAGCUGGGUUAGGCUGGGCUGGACAAGAAGCAGUCUUCAGCCUUGAACCAUCUUCUCAAGCAAGAUGGGUGGCAGGCAGUGCAUGGGGAGAGCCAGGCCUGGGCUGGGGCUGUGGUGGGCCUUAUGUGUAGACUGGAGUCCGGUGGAGGGGAUGAAUUCUUCCUGUGAAAUUUAAAUGUCCAGAUGUGGUCUGUUUCCCCCGGACAGCUCUACAGACAUGGAUGCGUUCCAGAAGGUAGAGAGGAUCGGAGAGGGGACCUAUGGGGUGGUCUAUAAGGCCAAGAACAAAGUGACUGGGCAGCUUGUGGCACUCAAGAAGAUCAGGCUGGAUCUGGAGACCGAGGGGGUGCCCAGCACUGCCAUCAGGGAGAUUACCUUGCUGAAAGAACUGAAGCACCCCAAUAUCAUCAAACUGCUCGAUGUGAUCCACAGAGAGAAGAAGCUGUAUAUGGUGUUUGAGUUCCUCACUCAGGACCUGAGGAAGCGCAUGGACUCCUCCCCCACCUCAGAGCUCCCUCUGCAUGUAGUAAAGAGCUACCUCUCCCAGCUGCUGCAAGGGGUGAGUUUCUGCCACGCCCACCAGGUCAUUCACCGAGACCUGAAGCCGCAGAACCUGCUUAUCAAUGAGUGUGGGGCCAUCAAACUGGCUGACUUCGGACUGGCUCGGGCCUUUGGGAUUCCCCUGCGCACCUAUACCCAUGAGGUGGUGACACUGUGGUACCGGGCCCCCGAGAUCCUCUUGGGCAGCAAGUUUUAUUCAACAGCUGUGGAUAUCUGGAGCAUUGGUUGCAUCUUUGCAGAGAUGGUGACUGGCAAAGCUCUGUUUCCUGGUGACUCAGAGAUCGACCAGCUCUUUCGGAUCUUUCGCACCCUGGGGACCCCCAGUGAAGCCAUGUGGCCCGGAGUCUCCCAGCUGCCUGACUAUCAGAGUAGCUUCCCCAAAUGGAACAGGAAGGGGCUGGAGGAAAUCGUGCCUAGCCUGGGACCGGAAGGCAAGGACCUGCUCCUGCAACUCCUACGGUAUGACCCCAGCCAGCGGAUCUCAGCCAAGACUGCCCUGGCCCAUCCUUACUUCUCUACUGAGCACUCCCUAGCCCCCCAACAAUGCACGGGGGAGCAUUUCUACCACUGAGAACACAUAUGUGGCACCCGCCUCCCACCCACUUCCCAAGAAAGCCUUUCUAGGGAGAACACACCCCGAGGGGCUUGGGUUCAAAUCGCCUGCAGGCUGGCAAGCUCCUGUAUUGUUUGUUGGAUUUAAUGGUGCACUUUCAAAAGGCUUGCAGGUGCUCCCUGCAUGGGGGCGGGGCUGGUUACCCCUCUGAUAACAGGUGUCAGGUUAGUUAAGAGACCCCAGCCCUUCACCUUCACUGCACAGCCAGGCCCCUGCGAGAGGGUACCCUCUGCUGGUUAAACAGUUGGGGCAGGGCAAUUCUCUGAUCCUAGGAGUGGUUACAGCACUUGAGGGUGUUGUAAGCAGUCCCAUCGUCAGAAAUAGGCUGUUGAUGUCCUUCUGUGUGACACAUGGGAAAUAAAUGUAAC